CGGCUCGCUGGGAUCGCUCGUCCCGCGCGGGGCGGGGGAAUUGUUCUGCUGCCGACAUCCAGCCCGGUCCUCCACAAUGCUGCUGCGGUUUUACCAAACUGUGGCUGCAGGGCUUCCUCAGGCCUUCAGAGUCAAGUCAAUGCCCUUGAGGCUGUGCAUUCAAGCAUGCUCCACAAACGAUUCAGCAAAGCCCCAUCCUCCUGGCCUCACCUUCCCUGAUGGUAACUCAAGGACCAGGGGAUGGAGAGCCGUGGGAACCCUGCUCGGCCUCGGUGCGGUACUGGCCUAUCAUGAGCAUCGGUGCAGGGCUGCUCAGGAGGCACCACAGAUGUACACUAAGGAGGAUGUGCGUGCCCACAACAGCGCUGAAACUGGAGUCUGGGUGACUCUAGGCUCUGAGGUCUUUGAUGUCACAACAUUUGUGGACCUACAUCCAGGUGGACCGUCAAAACUGAUGCUAGCAGCUGGGGGUCCCCUAGAGCCUUUCUGGGCCCUGUAUGCUGUUCACAACCAGCCUCAUGUACGAGAGUUACUGGCUGAGUAUAAGAUUGGGGAACUGAACCCUGAAGAUAAGUUGGCCCCCACCUUGGAGGCCUCUGACCCUUAUGCUAAUGAUCCUAUUCGUCAUCCAGCCCUGAGGAUUAAUAGCCAGCGCCCCUUUAAUGCAGAGCCUCCCCCUGAACUGCUAACAGAAAACUACAUCACACCAAACCCUAUUUUCUUCACCCGGAACCAUUUGCCGGUACCUAACCUGGACCCAGACACCUAUCGCUUGCAUGUCGUAGGGGCACCUGGAGGCCAGUCACUGUCUCUGUCCCUGGAUGAUUUGUAUAAGUUUCCCAAACAUGAGGUCACUGUCACCCUACAGUGUGCUGGCAACCGGCGCUCUGAAAUGAGUAAAGUCAAGGAAGUUAAAGGUCUGGAAUGGAGAACAGGGGCCAUCAGCACAGCACGCUGGGCCGGGGCACGGCUCUGUGAUGUGUUAGCCCAGGCUGGUCACCAACUCUGUGAAACUGAGGCCCAUGUCUGUUUUGAGGGGCUGGACUCAGACCCCACUGGGACUGCCUAUGGAGCAUCUAUCCCUCUGGCUCGGGCCAUGGACCCUGAAGCUGAGGUCCUCCUGGCAUAUGAAAUGAACGGUCAGCCUCUGCCCCGAGACCACGGCUUCCCAGUGCGGGUGGUGGUUCCUGGAGUGGUUGGUGCCCGCCAUGUCAAAUGGCUGGGCAGAGUGAGCGUACAGUCAGAGGAAAGCCGUAGUCACUGGCAGAGGCGGGAUUACAAAGGCUUCUGUCCGUCAGUGGACUGGGACACAGUAGACUUUGACCUGUCUCCGUCCAUUCAGGAACUGCCUAUCCAGUCAGCUAUUACACAGCCUCAAGACGGCGCAAUGGUAGAGUCAGGAGAGAUGACUGUCAAGGGCUAUGCAUGGAGUGGUGGUGGCAGGGCUGUAAUUAGAGUUGAUGUGUCCACGGAUGGCGGGCUGACCUGGCAGGAAGCCGAGCUAGAGGGGGAGGGACAGCAGCCCAGGAAAGCUUGGGCUUGGCGCAUAUGGCAGUUGAGAGUUCAUGUGCCAGCUGGGCAAAAGGAAUUGACCAUCAUUUGUAAAGCCGUGGAUGACAGUUACAAUGUGCAGCCAGACACUGUAGCCCCCAUCUGGAACCUGCGAGGCGUACUCAGCAAUGCCUGGCACCGCGUCCAUGUUCAAGUAGUCCCAUGAAAGCAUGGGACACAGCCAUUCCAUGGGGCUGAUGUCUCCUAUCCAGUCCUCAUUUUGCAUUGCUCGGAUUCUGCAGCCAUAUGUGCAGUGUGUAAGCACUGUCCAUUACUGUUUCCUUUUUGUUUCUUUGUCUUGCUUUGGUUGUGUUGUUGUGUUUUGAGACAGGGUUUCACUGUGUUGCCCUGGCUCUUCUGGAAUUUAUUCUAUAGACCAGGCUGUCCUGGAACUCAGAUUUGCCUUCCUCUGCCUCCAAAGUGCUGGGAGUGCCACCAGAGCCCAGUGUAUGCCACCAGCACCAGGCUACAUAACUAUUUUCUGUUGCCUCUGGGAUGCAAAGGGGUUCCCCUCUUAGAGCUCUAUUUUUAAAAAUAUGCCAAUAAAAGCGUUUGUUAUGACUGGAA